CCAAUAAGACGGCUCCGCCUGCGAGGUAGAGACAGAGAGAGAGCGGGAGAGGGAGAGAGAUGGCGCCGGUGCAGCAGGAAGGGAAGUUGGUGGCCCCGCUGCUGCCGAGGGCGGCGGACGACGGAGCGGCGACCUGCUCCGGGAGACGCGUUGAUGGCGAAGGCGCGUCGUUUCAGGGAGCGGUGCUUAACCUGUCGACCACCAUCAUCGGGGCGGGGAUCAUGUCCAUCCCGGCCACCGUCAAGGUGCUCGGGGUUGUUCCCGCCAUGCUCGUCAUCCUCGUCGUCGCCUUCCUGUCCGACGUCUCCAUCGAGUUCCUGCUCCGCUUCACCGAUGCCGGCACAUCCACCUCAUACUCCGGCGUCAUGUCCGAGUCCUUCGGUCGCCUCGGCCGCCUGAUCCUGCAGAUGUGCGUCGCCAUAACCACCAUGGGAACCACGACAGUUUACCUCAUCAUAAUCGGUGAUGUGCUAUCGGGGUGUAUGAGCGAGGGCUCGGUGAAUGUGGGUCUGCUGCAGGAGUGGUUCGGGACACGUUGGUGGAACACCAGAGAGUGGGCCUUGCUUUUCACCUGUCUUUUGAUUCUCCUUCCCCUCGUUUCUUUUAGGAGAGUAGAUUCUCUGAAGUUUAGUUCGGGGUUAUCAGUGCUUCUAGCAGUAGUCUUUGUGUUCGCAAGCGCAGCAAUGGCCCUAAUGGCUCUGUUCACAGGGAGGACAGAGAAGCCGAGUCUGUUUCCUAAGAUCACAGACCGAUCCUCCGUUUUUAAGCUGUUCACCACCAUGCCUGUUCUUGUUAGUGCCUUCACUUGCCAUUUCAAUGUUCAUCACAUAAAGAUCGAACUGAGAAAGCCAUCGCAGAUGAACGCCGUAGCACGCUCAUCACUUCUUCUAUGCACAAUCAUUUACGGAGCCACCGGAUUCUUUGGCUACCUUCUCUUUGGAGAAGAAACUAUGGGAGACAUUCUCUCCAACUUCAAUGCCGACUCCGAUUCGUCGCCGCUGUCCGUAUUGCUCAAGGAUGUUGUCAGGUUGAGCUAUGCAGUCCAUCUGAUGCUGGUGUUUCCCCUCCUGAACUUCUCUCUGAGGAUCAACGUUGACGAACUCCUCUUCGUCAAGGUGAAGAAGCCUCUUGCCCUUGACACGAGGCGUUUUGGAAUCAUCACGGUCUCUCUGCUUGCCUCCAUAUACUUGAUAGCUAUAUCCAUACCCACCAUAUGGAUUGUUUUCCAAUUUAUCGGCUCAACGACGGCGGUCUCCAUCGCUUUCAUCUUCCCUGGUGCAAUCGUUCUGAGGGACGUCAAUACCAUAUCAAGAAGAAGAGAUAUGAUGUUGGCAACCACCAUGAUCGUUGUUGCUGCAAUCUCCAGUAUCAUCGCCAUAACAAGCAAUGUGAUGGAUUUCACAAAAAAAGUUGAUGCCAUCUGAGAGGAAUAGUCUUCUGAUCAUGUCCUGAUAGAUUUGAGAAGGCAAUGUUGAUAAAGAGGAACAAAUAGGCUUUUAUUAUGUCUGGUACAAGGAAACUUCUUCUUCAGUUCGGAAUUCAAAAUUGGCGCAAAAGUUGGUGUUCAUAUUCAAUUCGAGAUUCAACAUAAAGCUGGAGCUGAGAGGGAAGCUUCACUGACGCCUGCCCCAUUGUAUUCCUUUUUCUCUUUCCCCUGUUGUAAGUAAAUGCAGAUAGAGCAGUUUCUACAAAAUUAGAUCUCAUUUUCGUUGAAGGUGAAAAUGUAUUGUGACCUUCAACAUGGUGUAUAAAUAAAUGUUUGAAGUUGCCCAAGAAGUUCUAUUUCCAUGACUAA